AUGUCCAGACCACAACUCCUCUCCCGCCCGUCCAGCGCGGUGGCGCAGAAAAAGACCAUCAUCCUCGUGACGGGCGGCAACACGGGCAUCGGCUACGAGAUCGUCAAGAAACUCUCCCGCGACAGCCCCAACAACCAGAUCCUCAUGGCCUGCCGCGACACGCACAAGGGCGAAGACGCCGUGGCCUCAAUGGGGGCCCCUCUCAACGUGAACCCGGUCCAACUGGACAUCACGGACGACGAAUCGAUCGAGCACUGCCUGCUCGCCGUGCAGCAACACUUUGGCAAGCUGGACGUGCUGAUCAACAACGCCGGAACCGCGGCGCAACAUUUACCACCCGACGCGACGCUACGGGAGAAAUUCGACAUCUGCAUGAACGUCAACGUCACUUCUACGGCGGUCUUGACGGAUAAAAUGGCGCCGCUGCUCGAAAAGUCGAACCUCCCAAAAGUGAUCUUCAUUUCCUCGACCGUGGGGUCGCUCCAGACGAACCUCAAGAACCUCACGUACGAGGGGAUUUGGUACAAUGCGAGCAAGACCGGCGAGAACGCGCUGGCGGUGUUUUACGCGAAGAUGUACCCGAGGUGGAAAGUCAAUAGUGUGUGUCCCGGGUAUCGGGCCACGAAGUUGAACGGCGCAGAGUUGACCGACGAGACGGAUCCGAAGCUCGGGGCCAUCCGGGCUGCUGAGUUGGUCGCUGAAGGGCCGGACGGGGUGACGGGGACGUUUUCGAGGACCGACGGGCCGGUACCAUGGUGA